AGUGAGCUUUGAACCUGCCUUAGUGAAAGCCUUUUUUCAUUUAUGCUUGUUGUUUCUCACAGUGCAGCUUUUCUCCAUGAGUUUAACAUAAAAAGUUUCAAGGGUCGCCUUGAGGGCUCAGGGUUUACCUGAAGAGGAGGAGGAAAAGGGCUUUUUUUUAGUGCUAGACUCACAUGAGUCACCGAAUAGCUUAGAAUGCACUGGAAAGGCUCUUGGCUUUUUGGUGUAGUAUGGUUGGUUUUGCUUUGCUUUGCUCUGGUUUGUCCCUCUGCUCCGAAACAUGACAGACACACUCGGAUCCAUGAGAAGACACACAACACGAAAAAGCUCUGUGAUCCUUCCUUCAUCAACCAAGCAGCGGCUGCUGUUACUCAGAAGUGCGGCUCUGGCUUCUACAGAGAAUGGACCCGACCAUACAGGGGUCAGUGUGUGCCAUGCAGCUGCAACGGGCUCUCCAAUGAGUGUGAUGAGCAUACAGGGAACUGUGUGAACUGUCAGUUCAACACUACCGGUGACCGCUGCGAACGGUGUAAAGAGGGUUAUUAUGGAAACCCAGCCAACAGGACCUGCCGUGCCUGUCCAUGUCCCUACACGUGGAACAAUUUUGCCUUGGCCUGUCUGGACAUCGGCUCUGGAGAGGUUGACUGCCUUUGUAAACGUGGUUACAGUGGCGCCAGAUGUGAGAGAUGUGCACAUGGUUACUACGGCAAUCCAGUGGUGCAUGGAGGCAGCUGCAAGCCCUGCAUCUGGGGGGAUGGCAUUUUGAACAAUUGUGGUUCUCUAACUGGAGAUAGUGACAGCUGCACUUAUGCUUUACUGGUCGACUUGGAGAAGAUGGACGAUGGUAUGGCUUGGCUGAAGCAGCAGCUGCAGAACAUCAGUCUUGGCCCUGGUUCACGCAGCAGGCUGAACAACCUGGAGGCUAACAUCUCUGAAACCAAGAUUCUGGUUGAGAGUUACAGCGCUGCUGUGAGACACUUGGACCCAAAGGUCGAACAGCUGGAAGCAGAUGUGAAUGUUGUCGGAGACAACUUGAGUCAACUGAGUGACGAGACACUUCAAACUGAAUCUGAUCUGGAGAAGGUUUUGCAGAAUGUGAAUGGAGGAAAGCUGAAGGCAGUUGAUCUUCUCUCUGAAGCUGAAUCUCUCCUCACAGCAAUACCAGAUUUGAUAACGCAGCUAUCUGAGAUGAAACCUGGAGGAUCCAUCCCUCUCUCUGAAAACAGCAAAGUCAGGAUGAUGGAGGCGGCUCAGCACAUCGUGCAGGAAAUGAGCGAGAGAGGCUGCUCUGCUCGGAGGCCCAACGCCGAGGGCAGCGAGCAGGAGGAGGCAAACGACUUGUUGAACUUAAUCAGGGACAACAUGACAGUUCCUUUGGAAACCAUCCAAGCUGUACCGAGUCAGACUGCAGACCCUCUGAUGGUCUCAGACUCUUCUCUGAGGGAACUGGCCGAGCUGCUGUCAGAAGCAGAGGACAGAGUUGACAGGACACAGGGCCUUAACCUAAAGAGUCAUGCUACACUACAACAUCUGCAGAUGGAGACAGAACAAAGCGCGCUCCUUCCUGUGACGGAAAUGACUAGCAAUCUGCUAAAAAAUACUACCGACAUCUCCUUAAUGCUCGAGGUGAUUAAACAAGAAUUUGAGAAUCAUGCAGCUCAACUAGAUGGCGGCAGACGGGAACUCUCUAAGAAGUCUAAUAACAUCUUCCAAACUAUGGCCAAGGUGGAUACUGUAACCAAGGCUGAGGAGCAUGCAGAGCAGCUUAGCAGAGUUGCAGCAGAAAUUCAACAAGUGGUUCACAAUACUACCAGUGGUACUGAGCUGCUCAGUAUGUUGGGUAUAGGAGAUUAUAACAGCAUCAUAAAUGCCAUAGAAAAGGCAGAGAUGGCAGCAAAUCAGUCCAGAGAGGCUGCUGAUGAAGCCUUAAAGGAGGGAAGUCUGGUCAACAGGGCUGAGGGACUCAGAGAUAAUUCAACUAAUUUACGAACAGAAGCCACCAACAGGCAGAGUGACCUUAAAAUGCUUUCACAUACAGUGAACACCCACAAAGACCGCGUGAAGAAGCAAAAGAAGAAGGGGGAAUCACUGAGAAUGGGCAUCUCAACCAUCAGAGAUGACCUCAAAACGAUCAGAAGAGGUGGCAGAAAAGUCCUGAUAGAGUCUGCGAAAACGGCUGCUUCUGCGUCUAACUCUACAGUCAGAAAUAUAACAGAGAGACUGAGGAAUAUCAGCCGGGAGGUGGAAAGAAUAACUCUGACUAAUGUCAGCGUGAAUUUGGACAAUAUGUUGAGCGAUGCAGAACAGGCAUUGAAGAACUUGAACAAAGCUCUCCCUGUGUUGACGGACAACCUCGCUCAAGUUGAGGCUCUCAGCAGGAAGGUGCCUCCUAGUGCCAACAUGACAGAAGGCAUCAGGAGAAUCAAGGAUGUGAUAGAGGAGACAAGAAACUUUGUUAACAGACUCUCCAUUGCCACCACUUUCAACGGAAAAGGUCACGUUGAGCUUCGUCCUCCAAGAAACCUUGAGGACAUAAAAACGUUUACAGCUGUCGAUCUGCUUCUCAAUCACCAUAAAAGCAAUCCCUCCCAGGCUAACCACAGACGAAGGCGACAGCAGGUCAAACACAGACAUGCCAAACUCUUCGUUUUCUACUUGGGCAACAAAGACGCUUCUGGUGACUACAUUGGGAUGGCUAUCAAAAACAAUGUGUUGAUUUGUGUCUACAAGUUGGGUGGAGUUGUCCAUGAGGUGGAAACCAGCCAAAUAACGACAACCACCGAUGUGAAUUCCUCCAACUUUGACAGGGUUAUAUUUCACAGAGUUUACCAAGAUGCCGAAAUUAACAUCACACGGAGCUUCACAUCACAGAAGCCCAUCAGCCUCUCUCCUAAUAAUAACCGUCCAAACACGAUGACUGGCGUCCUUGACCUGGAUCCAGACAGUGUUGUUGUCUACGUGGGCGGCUAUCCUGACAACUUUACGCCUCCAGUGGAGCUGCGUUACCCCAAAUACAGAGGAGCAAUGAAACUCUCCUACAUAAAUGACAAUCCUGUUUGCCUGUUCAACUACAAGCAUGCAGUCAAUAUGGAUGCAAAGCAGCCUCUUAUUAAGAUUUUCCAUUCAGAGGUAUGUGAUUACUAUGAUGGAACAGGUUACCGCAUGGCGUUCAUAAAGGUGCCGGACGAGAAAAAGAGAAGACUGUACAAAUUUGGCACGAAGAGCAGAGAGACAGACGCCUUGUUAUUCUACAUUGGAAAUCAAGAGUCUUUUUUCUGUGUGUUUGUGGAGAGAGGCUACCUGAUGCUUCAGGGACAACAAGCGGGUCGAGAGCUCAGAGCUCAAAGUGCUGAAAAAGUGUCUCUCUUUCAACAAACCUUUGCAAUCACUACUGCAGACCGAAUUACGGUGCACUAUGGACCACAGCAAAUCUCCAUAGAUCACAUUCAUACAGACUACAUGACUUAUUAUGUCGGAGGUCUACCGGCACAGCUCAGGCAGAGGCACAACAUCACAGCUCCACCGCUGAGAGGUUGCGUGGAUCAACUGAGAGUGGACGGCGAGAUCGUUGAGUACAACAGGACGAUGGGUGUCUCUCACGGAUGUCCAGUCUCACUACUGGGUGUUCGUGCAGCUACGUUGUACUCAGCUCUGCCCAUCGAUUCCCUGUUUGUCCCGGAUGAACUGCCGGUCAGAGUCUCCCUGGGCUUCAGGACCACUGUCAGACAUGGCGCUUUUCUCAGGAGCAGCUCUCAGGGCUCCACCUCUGCCCAUGGUCUUCAGCUGUCCCUGGCUGAUGGCUAUAUAGUAUUUAAUAGCAAUAAUUAUACCCUGAAGUCUGAUAAGAGAUACAGUGACGGAAGCUGGCACUACUUGUCUGCAGUGAGGAGGCCAACAGGGUUGGAGCUCAACAUUGAUAAUGUAAAUGUGAUUCAGGGACAUUCACACCAUAUCAGGCCAGUGGAUCAAAAUUCACAAGGAGAGAAAUUCAAAGGCUACAUCGCUAAUCUUUAUACCAGGAGGCCUGAGCAGAGCUUUAUACCUGCUGAUCUAAGCUCAUUUUCACAAACGGGAGACAUUUUUCCUGGCUUGGGCAGUCUCCAAAGCCCACCACACACCGAGCUUUUACCGGCACCCAUGCUGAAAAAGCGCCCGAAACACGAACCUAUUCAGGCUCCCGCAGGCACCCAGUGUAAACACCGGCAAGCACACCGUGGUGAAUACCAGCUCUAUGAUGAACACAGCUGGCUCAGUUACACCCUGCCACAACAGGACCUCAAUCACAGGCCUCACUUCUCUCUUGAUGUCAAGACAAAGUCAUCCAAAGGGCUGAUCCUCCAUGUGGCAGGGAGAGGAGUCGUACCCCUGCUGGCUCUGUACAUGGCCAAUGGCAAGAUCAAGAUGUCACUGGGGCAAAACAGAAUCAUCCAGCACCAGCGGAGGAGCAACGACGGGAACUGGCACAGGGUUCAGUUCAGUGUGGAGAACAGCACUUUUCAUCUGCUGGUUGAUGAAAUCCGUGUGACUGAUGGUCACUUACCUAACAAUGAGGGCUCAUCUUUAGACCUGCACAACCCCGUGUACCUGGGAGGUGAUCCGAAAAGCGGAACCAUAAAAGGACACAACAUUCCCAUGAAGAGUGUUACUGGCUGUAUACGGGAUUUCAAAAUGAACGAGGUAGCUGUUGGGGAACCUGAGGCAAGCCACAAAACUUUACCCUGCUCCAGUGGGCUCACAGAGAUUGGGACAUACUUUGGCGGUGGUCACAUCGUCUUAGAUAAUUAUUUCACUGUUGGUUCCCACUUUGUGUUGUCCUUUGAGCUGCGUCCUCAAUACCUGACGGGUCUUCUUUUCCAUGCGCGAAGUGCCAAGGCCAGCCUUAAUGUGUUCUUAAGGGAAAACAAGGUGGGUGUCGAAGUGAGCGAGGGUAACGGUGCUGUCAGUCUCUCCGUGACUCCUCGUGAAAGCCUCUGUGAUGGAAAGUUUCACGUGGUCACAGUGUCCGAACAACAUGAAGUUCUCAAACUAGUGGUGGACUCCAUGUCUGAGCAGAAAGCUGUCCCCUUCACAUCCAUGUCACACUCAAGACUUGUUUCAUUUUUCAUUGGAGGGACAAUAGAGUACAGCCAAGUCCCAGUGUCCACACCGUUUGUGGGCUGCUUGCGAAAUGUGAAAGUCAAUGGAAGGCCUGUUGCUUUUGAGACAGAGUCCAGGGUGGUUGAUUCUGUGAGCAUCAAUAGAUGCCCUGAAGACUAAUGAUAUGUAAUGAAACAUCUCUGACCCCUCAUACCCUUUGGCCUAAAAGUCAUACAGUACCAACAAGCUUCGCUGAAACCCACAGAACCUCAUUUGAAAUUCUAUUCAAAGUUUCCAAAGAUACAAAAAAAAUGUUGAAUUGACCAUUUGAUUGAUAAAGCUACAUGUGAGAGAACAAGUCAGCAUUGUCACCAACUGAUGUGGGGGUGUCCAUGAAGAAGGCACAGAAAUUGUAAAAAAAAAAGUAAAAGCACUGUUCUUGUCUUGCAGUGUAGAACUAGUUAGUUCUAGUGUUAUGAGUAUUAUAAGACAAUUUUAAUUUCAGAAUGAGAGGUUAGGUUUAUGCUUUAUUGUUUGUAUUCUCAAACAAUGUUUCACUUUUAAUAUUACAACAAAAAAAGGCAGAUAGGAUGAGGACAAACCGAUGUGUUUGGCGAAUGUAAGAGUAUCUCAGAUAUCAAGUUUGGUUGCUGUUGUUAGAGUGUAAAAAAAACAGAGCAGGACAGAGUCGCUAACGUUAGCCUAACCUCUGAUAUAGUAGCAUCCAAGACCAGCUCCCACACAGUGAGGAAAUACAACACAGUGGAUGUGCUGGUUGUGAAUCUUUUUUUUAAUUUUUCAUAAAAUAACCCACAAAAUAACAUAGUAUGAAAUGCCCUUGGUCUUGGACGUAAAUCUGGGCUACCACAGAAAACAGUAAGCUAGUUAGCCAUGCUAACAUUCGCAGCUUGCAUGAGGGAAGACAAACACAUUAUUAAAUGCCUCUAUAAACAUGUUUGAGCCUGAGGUUUUUAUUUGAGAAUUUCUAUUUUUGGUGUAUCCUUGUUUUUUUUUAAAGAGUAACUUAACACCUUGUUUUUGCUGACCUCCAGUGGUUUAACUUCUCACCUGGCAGCAAUGAUCCUGUUACUCUGUAAUUCAACUGUGGCUCUAUAAUAAAUCCACUUUAAAAUUAUGAGUCUCACAUUUACAUGUCGCCUAAUCUUGCGAGAUGUGUUUCUUUCCGCCAUGUUUUU